GCAUCGUGAGUGGCCGCCUUUAGUUAUCGUUACGUGAAACGCACGCGCUGACAGGGACAGUCAGACGCAACAAUGAAUCGCGAUAUUGAUACUGGUCGUGUGAUUGAAGAAGUUCGGCUGCGAAAAUGUUUAUGGGACGCCAGUGACAUAUUCGAUAAAAAUAAAGACGCCCGAUUGAAGGCCUGGAACGACAUCGUAAUCGCACUGUUUGAGGAUGUGCAGGAAAAUGAAAAAAACGAUUUGGCAUUAUUGAUACCGAAGACACCUCCAAUAUUUCUACAUUGGAGAACGCUGAAAACACGCAAUCGGAACAAGAAUAGGGAUCGUCGCAAAUGCUGCGCAUACCAAAAAGGAAGAAACGCCAACCCCUCCAAGAAAAUAACAAUUUAGAAAAAGAACUGUUAACUUUGCUAAGCAAUUAAACGCCAGAUAUUGACAACGACGACCUGGCCUUUUUUCAUCUUUGGGCCCAGUGUUAAAGAGCUUUAAUCUUGUACAAAAUUUCGUUCUACAGUGUUAGCAGUGGCAAUGGAUAUUCAUAAUAUGUACCCUAGAGCUAACAGUUCAUCGACAAAUUACACAACGAAUAAUGAGGUUCAAGGUAAUGAUGGCACUUGGUCAACAUAUGUGCUACGGAUGUACCACAUGUAAAUUUGAUUACAAUAAAUCGAUUUAAAACAACUUGU